UAUUGCAAUUCCCAUGGGCGACGAAGAUACGGUAUGUUGCGGUUCAGGUUGUACGAGCUGUGUACUGGAUGUGAAACCCACCAAGCAUACGUUUCCAGCCGAUGUAACAAACGUUUUCGAUCGAACGUACAAACAAUUCCUGUGUGAAACAAUUACUCAAGCUGCGCCGAAUGUAUUCCGAUUCAGGUUUCGUUACGAUCCAAAGUUUGCUAACGAUCGAGAGUGCUUGCUUGUACCUGCGGGAUGUCAUUUAAUGCUACGUACGCUUAGAACAUCAAGCCACAAUUGGGACAAUGCUGGAAACAAUCUGUUACAAACCUGGCAUGAGAAGAAUUCCGUGCAGAUCGACCAAGAAUUAAUCACGAUGGCAUCAAAGCAACCGAUACAAAAAUACGAUAAAAGCGAAGAUGAUCUAUAUUUUAGCCGCCCUUACACUCCGAUUACAUCCAACCAAGAGCGGGGCACAUUCGAUGUGCUGAUAAAGCUGGAACCCGGCGGUCUAAUGAGCAACUAUCUAGCAACCCUCUCGGUUGGAUCGCGCACCGAGUGGAAGGGAAUUUAUGGAGACUUUCAGUGGAAACGCAAUCAAUAUCGUAACCUGGUGGCAUUUGUACAAGGUGUUGCCAUAGCACCGAUCUACAGCACGCUGAGAGCGAUCCUAGAUGACGACGAAGAUGAGACUCGUUUGAUGCUAUGCGCAUGCUUCCGGGACCUCCCGAACGUGUUACUACGCGAAGAACUACACUCACUAGCCGGAUACUGGAACUUCAAAUAUAGCAUCUACCUUUCCAGACGUUCCUGUGCAUGUUCAGUCGAGGGGCAAAACUGCAGCUGCCUAGCGACGCGAUUGAGAUACAAUGAACCGAUCUACGAUCGACGAUUAGAGGUGGAAGAUAUCGAACGACUACUGGAGCGUCCAUUUUCGGAUGGAAAACAAUCACUGCUUGUAUUGCUGUGCGGUACGGAACCGUUUACCGGGUUUAUCAAGGCUAGUCUACAGAGGAUGGAAAUAGAAAAUUGUUACACUUUUUAGCAGUUAGUAAACCGCACUAAGGUUGCCGUUCAGUUUAGGCUUUUCGUGAGGACGAUUUGACCGUGUGGCGGCGGAUCUUUUCCUUUUCGCGCUCGAUCGUUUUGCCCGAGGUUGCCUCAUCCAGACCACCGCGCGUUAGUUGAUUAAAGUCGAUAAUCGUUAGGUGUGGCUUGGGCGGUAUGUUCAGCAUCUCGAUCGGUGGCAUUUUUGGUUCCUGUGCGGUACCUUUCGCUUUCGGUGGUACCUUUAGCCGAAAAUCGCUCGUGAAGUCAAGAUUGCUGAACCGUGCCGCCUGAAUGUUGGACAGUGAAAAUUGAUCCUGAUGGAUGAGUGGACGCAUCCGGAACCCACCGUACCCGGCGUUACCCUGGCCGUACAUAUACCGUACCGGUGAACCAUCCUCCGAAGUGGCACUGUCGUAACAGAUGGACAAAUCUGUGUAGCUGAUCGGAGCGUAAGCACGUGUCGUUUUCGGUCGGACACGUACUUCGCUGCGUGUCUUUGAACGGGCCCGUGGUCGGUGUGUCCUAGGGCGACCCUUCCGGGGCCGUAGCUCAUCGACUGGAGGAAUGGGCAAUAUGUUGGUGAAUCGGUAAUACUCCAGGAAUGUACGGGCUAGA